CCUCUUUCCAACGGUACCUUCAAAUCGCGGCGCCAAAGAAAUCGGAAUUGUGCCCAGGUGAUUAAUAAAUAUACCGGUUUUAAUAUUGUAAAAGAAGGAUUUAUUGCCUAUUAAUAAUUAUUGCCAGUCAGCAAUGCCAAAAAAACCAAAGGGGCCAAUUUGAGUCGUCGAACGACCAUUUCUAGAGCCAUGGGAGAUAUAAGAGCACGAAGAUCAAGCGACCAAGUUCAAGAAAAUAAUGCAGAUACGCGUAUGAGAGUGAGGCAGUUACGUGAAUCACAAUCACAAGAGACACGAGAUGAAAGAAAUCAACAGAGACAAUUAGAACGAAGAGAAACUCGCAGAUUCAUAGUCGACAGACGUAGAGGAAUUGACCAACAACGCAAACAAGUUUAUCGAGCAUUAACAUCAGAUUCAUUUCUUCGACUAGCAUUCCAGUAUGAGCCUGAUGUUGAAUAUUACGCUCAUUUCAAAGUGGUUAUUGGUACUUUGGAAAAGGAAUGCUCGCAUUGUCAUGCACUUAAAUUUAAAAAUGAACCAGUUGGGAUGUGUUGCUCAUCAGGAAAAGUACAACUAACUGAAAUUGAAACACCACCUGAACCAUUGCACGGUUUACUUAUCGGUACAGAUCCAGAUUCUAGCCUGUUCUUGAAGUCAAUUCGCAUAUUUAAUUCAUGUUUCCAAAUGACAUCGGUGGUGCAACAGUAAUAGUUAAUAAUAUUGCUGCAAACGGUCAACAAUUUAAUUCAACGUUCAAAAUCAAAGGCCAAGUAUAUCACAAAGUGGGCUCAUUGCUGCCAAUGCCAAACGAAUCUCAUAAAUUUUUACAAAUCUACUUCAUGGGAGGCGAGAACUCCGAACGUGCACUCGCCAAUCGUGUGGAUGCACGUUGCGACUACCAUAAUCUCAAUUCAGCUUUUGCCAGGCGUAUCGUCAGCGAGCUGGACGCUCUGUUAAAUGAGCAAAAUGAAUUAUUAAAGUUAUUCAAAUCACAAAUGACCACGCUACAAAGUGACAAUCACGCAAUUGUCAUCAACCCUGAUAGACACCAGCUGGAGAGCAUAUACGUAGAUUCAACGCACCUGUUGUUGGCGACGUUGCUGGAAUCAUGGUUGGCGACCGUACAUCUACGCGACAAAUUGUGAUUCGAAGAUCGAUACCCAUCGUUCAUAGGACGCUCUCCAAUAUCCACUAAUUUUCUAGAAGGGACAAGACAGAUAUUGCGUAAAUAUUAAACAACGACAUCCCGUAACAGGAGCUGAAACAAAUAAGAACGUUAGCUCAAAGGAUUUUUAUUCAUAUCAUUUGAUGAUUAGACGCGGUCAAAACAACAUCAUUUUACGAUGUCGUGAGCUUCGCCAACAAUUUAUAGUCGACAUGUAUGUGAAGAUAGAAAGUGAAAGACUACGAUACUUGCGAUAUAAUCAACAGAAGCUGCGUACGGAAGAAUAUAUUCACUUACGAGAUGCUGUUGCGAACAAUGCUGACACUGCCGAAAUCGGUAACUCUGUUAUCUUACCAUCAUCGUACGUAGAUAGUCCACAUCACAUGCAAGAAUACAUUCAGGAUGCCAUGACUUUCGUGCGUGAAUAUGGACGACCGUGUCUUUUCAUCACUUUUACAUGUAAUCCAAAAUGGAAGGAAAUUACAUCGUUGCUAUUACCAGGACAAAAUACAAUACAUCGUCAUGAUAUUACAGCACGUGUGUUUAAACAAAAAUUAAAGUCUUUAAUCAACUUUAUUACAAAAUUGCAUGUAUUUGGCUCCACACGUUGUUGGAUGUAUUCAGUUGAGUGGCAAAAGCGUGGAUUACCUCAUGCUUUCAUUUUAAUUUGGUUGGUCGACAAAAUACGUGCUGAAAACGUUGACAGUUUGAUUUCUGCAGAGAUUCCAGAUCCGUCUACUGAUCAAUUACUGUUUGAUAUUGUUACUGCAAACAUAAUUCAUGGUCCGUGCCGAAAUCUGAAUCGUUCAUCACCUUGCAUGGUAGACGGAAAAUGUACAAAACGUUUUCCUAAAGAUUUUACUAACGAUACGGUCACACAUGUUGACGGAUAUCCAAUAUAUCGUCGAAGAAGUACCGAAAAUGGCGGACAAACUUUCAUUAAAACUAUCAGCUACGCAGACAUCGACAUUGACAAUCGUUGGUUCAAUGCUCAUAUUAAUGUUGAGUCAUGCAGUUCGGUGAAGAGUAUCAAAUAUAUUUGCAAAUAUGUGAAUAAAGGGAGUGAUAUGGCUGUAUUUAGAAUUGAAAAUACUAAUGUACAUUCUCCUCCGUUGAAUCAAAAUGAUGAAAUUACGAAUUACCAAAUUGACCGGUAUGUCAGUUCCAAUGAAGCUGUCUGGCGUAUUUUCGGUUUCCCAAUUCAUUAACGGGAUCCAGCAGUUAUCCAUUUAGCUGUCCACCUUGAAAACGGUCAGCGCGUAUAUUUCACGAACGAUACAGUGCUUGAUCGUGCUAUAAAUCCACCAAAAACUACGCUGACCGAAUUUUUUGAAUUUUGCAAUCAUGUGGAUGCUUUUGGUGCCUUCGCACAAACACUUCUCUACUCUGAAGUUCCACGGUAUUUUACAUGGGCUCAAAAAAGGAAAUGGAUACCCCGCAAGCAAGGGACACCAGUUGAUG